AUGGCAUUAACGCGACGUUUUAAAUUAUUUCGACGGUUAUUUUUUCGUCGUUUGUUUCCUGCAAUAUUUUUUCUUAUAUCUAUAUAUUUAUUGUUACUCUAUCGUGAUUAUUCUGAUACAAAAACUUAUGAGUCUUCUUUUACAACUAUUAUUGAUCAUCAUAAUCCAUGCUAUUUUAAACCAUCAACUAAUGAAUUUAUCUUUAAUUAUAAAACAAAUUCAUCAAUGGAAAAUCAACCUGAUUUAACACGUGUAGAACCAACAAUUGAGCGAAUACGUAAUCUUUUAGAAAUAAUUCGUUCAAAAGAAGACAAAUAUCAAUCACUCUUAGAAACUUUUGAUGUUUUUAGUAUGACAAAUCCAGAUAUAUCAUUAAAACCAUAUUCAUUUCAAAGUAAUAUGUAUGAAAUAAAAACUUUAUACAAUCGUUUUAUUAAAUUAAUGCCAGAUAAUAAAAAAAUAGAAAUAGAUCAUACAUUUAUUGAUUAUUUAAGAAAAAUUUCAAAUUACUUAUUAGAUGGAUUAGGAAAUAAACGAACAAAUACAUUUCAAGUUGAAUGUAUUCGUAAACCGGUUUUUGUUCUUGCUUGUGAUCAAAGUUAUUUCGAUGGACUUCAAGGUGCUAUUCAUACACUUGAUACUUAUUGGUCCGAUCAUAGAAUUAUAGUUUAUGAUUUGGGUAUUUCAAGUGAACAAGAAACAUUGCUUAGAACAAAAUGUGCUCAGUGUACAAUUAUUAAAUUUCCGUUUUCAUCCAUUGAAAAAUAUGCAUCACAUAUUGGUAUAUUAAAAUAUUUUGCAUUUAAACCAUUUGUUAUACAGGAUGCUUUACGUCGUUAUGGUACAAUUAUCUAUGCUGAUUCAUCUGUUCGUUUUAAUUCUAAUUCAUUUAAUCCAGUUUUAAUCGAUAACUAUAUUCGUGGUUUUGCUGUUCGGGAAUUACCUGGUCAUUCUCUAUCUUGCUAUACUCACACUGAUACAUUCACUUGGUUUAACCAGUCGUAUAGGAAUUUUGAAAAUAUCUAUAUAGCUGAAGCUGGAUUUUUAGUUGUUACAGAUACAUUUUUAACACGUCUUAUUAUGAAAGCAUGGUUAACAUGUGCACUUGAAUCAGAUUGUUUGGUAUCAUUUGAAUCACAAACAAAGUGUAAGAGAACUUCAUCGAGCAAACAUCAUUAUGAUCAAAGCGCCAUGGUUAUUAUUUUAACAUAUUUUUUCUUUCAAGGAAAUACAGGAACAUGGGGAAAUCAAAAACUUAAUGAUUCAGCUCCAUACGAUAUGCUCACAAGUGUACAAACAAAUUUAGGCGAUAUUAAACGUUACGCUCCUGAACAAAAUUAUUUAUUGGAAAAACGAAACUCUUAA